AUGACCGAUCCUCCGCCGCCCAUCACCCCGGGGCCGGGCCACCAGCUACGCCCGGCCAGGCGCCAGUACCGCCACUCCGACGAGCACUCGCCCACCCGUGCCCGAACCAACGACGACCUUUUGAGCCGCCUUACCCCCAUGACCGCCGUCGAGAUGCUCCAAACACCAAACACUGAACUAAAACAAUGCCUCGACAACUCUACCGUCAACGAACAGGAAUUCGCCAUGCGCGCCGCCGUGGCCAGCCGGAAGAUUUACGAAUGGCUCGAGGAGCUUUCCGAUUGGCCCUGGCCUUCCACCAGCGGCUCAGCCGGCUUCGAGAUGCCAGAUGCAAAGCAGACGAAACUUGACGAGGAUGCCGACGAGUCGGUGUACCUCGGGAGCUUACCCGCCGAGAGCGUCGCCCAGUACGAGCAGCGCGUAGACGGCAUCUCUCACGACAUGGACGAGCUGCACAUUGAAGAAAUCAAGACCCACGUCAUGCAUACCCACAUCAUACCGCUUUCGAGACCCGGAACGCCGCUGUCCCCGACGCGGCCCAUUGGAGGCGGGACACUUUCCUACAACCGAAUGGACGACUUGACGGCUCUCCUCACAGCAAUCAUCGUCCAGGCGCUGCCGAACCUAUCCAAGCUCUGCCGACUACUCAAAGUCUGGCACAUACGCCUCUCUGUCCUCCGUCGCAUACCCGAUUUGCUGUCUGGCAUUGCAGAGGCAGAGUAUGCGCUCGAGUCCGCAUGGAACGUGCUGUCAUCCCCGGCGGGAACGCCAUCCGCUGAAGAGGGAGCCCAAGACGGCCUCUCUCAACUCAAACACGCCGUCACUGUUGUCAAGUCGGUGCUGGAGACGCAAAUCACGAAAUCCGGACGCAGCCUCGAUUUCAUGCUCGACAGUCUCGAGGGGUUGCAGGAUACACUGCCCGACGCCUGGCUCGACCGUAUGGAGGCCGUUGAGCGUAAUUACGCCGACUGGGUGACAUCUGGUGAGCAGAGGAUCCGACAAGGGGACUGGGCUUGCGUUCGUCAACAGAAAGCGCUGCCACCAGUGAUCAAAGAGGAGGUCGAGGCCGAACCCACCAAAACAAGUGGCCUGCCUGUUGUAGACGAUGAUGUGAGGUCUGUCACUUUGCCAGUGCCCAUCACCAUUAACCCACCGGAAGAGGACAGCCAGCCUGCCCCUGAUGAUGAGGCCACUCCGGAGCAGUCUGACGGGUCCGAGGACGACACAAUCGAACUGUCUCCCUCGCAAUUGCAAGCGCAGAAGAAGACGCAGCCAGUCGCUGGCCUUGACGGCUCCAGCGAGGGUGCAAAGCCCAAGCGGACGCCAUUGGGCGAAGUGCAAAACGAAGAAAACACCAAAAGAAAGGUGUUGGGUGCGCCCAAAGACACCAAAGAAUCUGUUGUGUCGAAACUGAGAGCAGUCUUUGAAAGCAACGCCAGGUCCAGCUCUGACGACGCGGACGAGAUUCUGCCCGACGACGAAGAGGUGCGGCUGCCACCGCUGAUCCGACCAGACCGACGCGGAAGUGACGCUUCGGACUCGUCCACAAUCAUCCACGGCCACACGAGCCUGCUGGCAGAUGCCUCGAGUGAUAUGCCCGAAGUCUCAGCAUCGCCUCCCUUGCUACGCCAGAAGCGUGCCGAGACGCUGAGCCGCAAAUCGGCUGCUGACCGCUUCAUGAGCAUGAGCCCUCCCAGCUCUCCCCCGUUCCGGCCGAGCUACAGAGAAGACAGCGUGAGCCCCAUGGUGAGACCCCAAGAUGAGGGUCUCCUGCCGGCUCUCCCUCUGGAGUCGUCGUUCAACGAGGACGACUUCGAUCACUCCUUCAUCAGCAUGGAAACGCCGCGAGAGACCGGCAAUAAGGAAGAUGACCACCUCCGAAAGCAAAUCAGCGACAUUCUGGAGUCCAUCCCCGCCAACAUCAAGCUGGCCAGAGCGACGCCCAAGGUGGACUUGAAUCCGCCACCGCCCGAUCUGCCCACGAUGCCCGCCAAGAGGCUUAAGAAGCCGUCGCGCGAGACCAUGCGAAGGAGCGUCUCUGCUAUGUCGACGACAUCGCGGACAUCUUCGCGGGCGACGACGCCGUGGCUGACGCUUGCUCCCGCCUACGCCAAGAACCCCAGACCCAGACGCCCUCAGAGCGGACAAGACGUCAGAGUCUAUCACCUCUCGCGGUCCACUGGCGAAGCGCCCAUCAAACUUCUCAUCCGCUGCGUCGGUGAGCACGGCGAGCGCGUCAUGGUGCGUGUUGGGGGUGGAUGGGCUGACCUCGGCGAGUACCUCAAGGAGUACGCCUCGCAUCACGGCCGGCGCUCGGCCGGUCCGGUGGAGACGGCCGAGAUCAAGGUCCAGGACCUGCCGCGUGCGAGCAGCCGCGCCGCGAACUCGAGCCCGCCGAGUCGACCAGCCUCCGCGCUGGAAAUGUCACCCAUGACGCCGCUCAACGUACGAAAGUCUAGAAAAUCUUUUGGCGCCGGCGACUCAUCGGUGCCCCGGCUUCUCCCCAAUACGCCUGCCGUCCCGCCGAUCCCGGACAAGUUCACGCCGACGCCGUCCUCGGAAGACUCCAACCGAUCUCGGUCGAGCUCCCACAUCAGCUGGGAAGAGGACGAGAGUUCGUUCCUUGGCCUGGCAGGACCCACUGGCCGCAAGGUUGAGAUGAGCGAGGAGAACCGGGCGUGGGUGGAGAGUGUCAAGGAAAAGGUGCGUGCCGCUAGCGGCGAGACGCGCAAGAUUUCGGAAUUUGGCGAUAUGGGCAAGGUCGGCGGCACGAAGCGUGUGUUUCGGAAGGGCUAG